AUGGCAAAUCCAUCAGAUGAAGAGGCUGAUUCACGCACAGCCCUGGUGGGCGCACCGCGCACUCGGUCCAAUCCGCGUUCCUCGCGCUCCGCAUCCCGCGACAGCACCCGCCCGACCAAGAGACGGCGCCGCAAUAGAAAUAAGGACUCGGACCUAGCUGACUUUGUUCCAAAAGGUGUUGCAUUCAGUGCCACCUCACUGCCAGUGGAUGAUCCAGACAACACAUCUAGCUCUGGAUCUAGUUCAGCCUCCGAUUCUAAUGCGGCCCCAACUACCGUCGCAAACCCACAUGCCGGUAGCACCGCGCCUGCAAUUAGCUGGAACCAAGGUCGGAAGGCUCCAGUGCGCACAACACUUGGAAAACGAUCAGCACCAGCCGACGAGAACCCCGCUCUAGUACACACAACACUUGGAAAACGACCAGCACCACCCGAUGAGAAGCCCACUCAGUUUGAAGCCGUGAAUGAUAAAUAUUGGCGCAGUCGCAGUGAAUCUCUUUCGGCCAAUGGCGAAGACAAGCCCACAGCAAACAACCAACCUCAAGACGACGGUGAGCUGGAAGAUGGGGAAAUUGACUCCAAGAGUGACACGGAUGAUUCAGAUUCUCUUGGUUCUGAAGCUGAUGACUCUAUCCUGCUGAACAUAGGGGACAAGAUGGAUGGUAUCAAUGACUAUGACCCUGCCACUCUAGCCCAUCAGCAUGGGUCCAACACCGGAAACUCAGGCACAUCUACACAAUCCGGACCUGGGUCGAAAGAGGAAGCGUUCCGACUUUUCUCAAUCAAAUAUCCAAAUGCGCCUGUUGCUUUAGUGGAUCUAAGCCAGACAGACCUUGAGAUCCUUGCGAAGUACGUCUAUUUUGAUCGUAACAUCCAUGAUCUAGACCUCAAACUUCCCAUCUCUUGUCUCGAAUGUCAAAAUGAGGGCCAUAUAGCCGAUGUCUGCCCAGCAAAAGAGUGUGAACACUGCGGUGCCUGGAAUCAGCACCAAAGCAGUACUUGUCCCGAUUGGCGACGAUGCCAAAGAUGCCGUGAACGUGGUCACGACGAACCGCAAUGCGAUGCAAAGCUACGGAACUUCGCUUACGAAGUGCCAUGUGACUACUGCGGCAAUGAACACCUGGAAGCCGAAUGUGAUUUCCUAUGGAAGUUCCCAAGGAGGGAUCUUCACUCCGACCAAGUCAUAGUGUCAAUCUGCUGUGCGAAUUGCUGCAGUGCGAAGCAUCUUGUAGGAGAUUGCCCAUCUAGCAGCUUACGCGCAACAGCCGCGUCAUCAUCAUUUACCUUGAAGGGAAUCGACCCAGAUAUGAUCACAAACCUCAACACCGUCCUCCCGCAGCGAGAGACCGGCCCACCAAGCCGAUCUCGCGGACGAGACAGAGAAUGGUCGCGACCCCCAUCCCCAGACGAUGAUGACAUGAUGUCCCGCAUAUCCCGCGGCGGCCGAGGACGCCCCAUCCCUGCUCCUCGUGGCAAUACUCUUUCCAUCAGGGUCCCAAGCAGAGCUAAACGCGGUGGUGAUCCACCAUCUAGAGGGCCUUCUCGUGGUCGCUCAACAUUCUCUGGAAACAACAAUCGCGCGCGCUCCCCCAACCCGCCUCUUCCACGGGGUCCUCCUCCACCGAGAGGCGGCGGCCGAAACCGCGGAUCACAACGAGGAGGAUUCUCACGCGGACCACGUAAUGGUGGUGGUGGCGGCGGCCGAAGCCGCGGGUGGUAA